AUGCCGUACAUCAACGUGAACCAGGUGGACCGAACGCUGGCGAGCAGUGUGAAACGCCAGGUGGAGACGCUGGUUCGCUCGACGCCGGCGCGCAACACCGAGACGCCGGACUUCUUCGAGUACGUCAUAGACGUGGAGAACAGCCUCUUCAGUGGCUCAUUCAGCAACAUCUACCUCGCCCACCACCGGGCCAGUCCGGAGCAGCCACUGGUGGCGCGGGUGUACGAGCCGACGGCGCGCAUCGACGCCCGACGCAGCAUCUACAUGAAGGUGCUCAAGCACAUUGGAAAGAACUCCCAAUGGUGCAUCUCCACCUGGGACAUCUUCUUCGAUGACGCCGGUCGAGUGGUCAUCUUUCAGGAGUACUGCAUCUACGGCAACCUGCGCGAUUUCCUCAAGGUGAACCGCGUGUACGUGCCCGAGACGCAGAUGGGCCAGUGGGCGGUGCAGCUGUACUUGGGCAUGGACUAUUUGGGCGGCUGUGGAAUCGCCCACCGGUCCAUCAGUCCGAAGCACGUCCUCCUCACCACGGCGGCCGCCGACGCCGAGCGGACCAUCGUCAAGCUGAGCUCAUUCCGCGACAGUGUCCUCUACUACGACCACAUCAUCGGCACGGUCAAGGCCCUAAUCGGCGGCGGCGGGCGGGCGCUGAACACCGGGGCGCACUUUCAGGCGCCGGAGACCUUCGAGGAGGGCCGCACCUUCAACCCGGUGGCCGCAGACGUGUGGUCCUACGGGGCGACGCUCUUCUUCGCCAACACCCGCACCUACCCGGUCCGGUACGGGACGAUGGGCGAGGCGGCGCGCAAUGAACAGGCGGUGGAGCUGGCCGGCCCGAGAAUUGAGCAGGCACUGGCGGGGGCGCGCAAUCUGACGCCGGCCGCCAAAAGCUGGCUGGCGGGCAUUCUCAAGGCCAGUCCGCAGGAACGGACGCCCUUUGAGGCGAUUGCUCGCGAUCAGUGGUUCCAGCGGACAGAGGGGGCGGGAGGGGUUGUGGCAGCAGUACAGCAGCAGCAACAGCAGCAGCCAGUCCUGCAGAAGGUAAACACCGGACAGGUGCAAAAGGAAAAUCCGCCGCCACCGCCACCUCCUCCACCUCCUGGCCCGGUUGAGAACGCCCCCUCACUGCAACUUCAGCAGGAGCAAAGCAUGCAGUCUCAGGCCUCGCAGCAGUCAGUGAGCCAGACAUCUCAGUUUGGAGCCACGCCCGCCGCCUCAAUGCAAAGCUUCAAUUCGCCCUCACGGGCGCUCAUGACGCAGGAGCCCAGUGAGCAGUCGCUCCGUGAUCAGCCACCACCGCCACCGCCCCCUCCUCAAAAGAAACAGCCUCCAGGAGCUCCGCCAGGAAACCGCCGGCCGCCGCCUUCUGUCUGA